CGGUACAUCUUCGUCUACAAAUGCGAAUGCUAGUACACCAAAAGUUCCACCACAAGCUACUCCUCAACUUACUGCGUUCAUGCAAACAGUACUUCAAUCUGUUAAUCCAACACAAAUAUUGGCUAUUCAAGAACAUUUGCGCCAUCCUCAGGUGGCGGCUCAUAUGUCUAUCGAGCAAAAAAAUGCAUUAAUUAGUCAAUUAACGAUAAUCCAUCAGUUGUUAACGUCGACACAAUUAGCACAACAGAAAUCUCAGCAUCAAUCGGUUCAUUUACGAACACAGUCUCCUGCAAUGAAAGUUAGACAAGUUGUUAGACAUGAAGUCCUGUUAGAGUUUAAGGAAACCAAAAAUGAUAAAUGGUUGUUUCCAAAAGAUGCAAUAUUAGAAGCAUUGUCAAUGUCAGAACCUUACGAU